AUGUUUUUAUGUGUUCCCUUUUGUUAUCCUUUAUUUAUUUGUUUCAAAUUCUGUCGUUCGCCCUUUUUUUUCUUUUUCUCUUUCUUUCUUUCUUUCGUUGAACUUCUGACUUUGAUCACUCUUUUAGAAUCUUUCUUUCUUUCUUUCUUUAAAAUUAUGUCUUUCUCUCAAAUUAUUUCUUUCUCUCAACUUGCCUUUUUUCUUUCUUUCAAAUUCUUUCUUUCUUUCAAAUUAUUUCUUUCUUUCAUUCAACUUCUGUCUUUAUUUCUUGCAAAUUUUUUCUUUUCUUUCAUUUUUUUCUUUCUACCUUUCAUCUUUGUUUCUUUCUUUGUUUCUUUUUUUCUUGCUUGCUUGCUUUCUUUUACGCAAUUGAUUCUUUCUGAUUUCCUUUCUUCUCUCUGUCAGUUUUGUUACCAGCCUUCAUCUUUUUCCUACUCUCUACUUUUUCUUCACUCUUUGAUUUUUUCCAAAUGUUUUUCUUCUUGCUUUCAGAAUUUUUAUCCCUCCUUUCUUUCUUUCUUUCUUUCUUUCUUUCUUUCUUUCUUUCAUUCAGAUUUAUCUUUCAUUUCUUUUUUACGUAUUUCAAUUUUUCUUUUAUGCAUUUACACUGUUUUUCUAUUUCCAUUCUUCCCUACUUCUUUCUUUUUUUCUUUCACAUAUUUUAAUUCCACUUCUUCUUUUUUCUUUCAAACUUUACUUUUUGCAUUUUGGUAUUUAAAUUAUUUCUGUUUUUCUUUCUUUUUUCUUUCUUUCUUUCUUUCUUUCUUUCAAUUGCAUAUUUCAAUUUCUAAUAUUUUAUUUCCUUCUUUUCUAUCAUGUACAUUUCUUUUCUUUUUUUCUUUUAUCGUCUUUAUGUUCUCUCCUUUCCAACCUUCAUCUCUUUCUAAUAUCCUUCCUUUCUUUAUCUUCUACUUUCUUCCUUCCUUCUCUCACAACACGACUAAAAGAAUGAAGACAUGGCCAAGAUUCAUUUUGCUUAAUUCACUCAUCAUUGAUGAAAUGUCCAACGGAUAA